UCCAGAGGAACAUGGUAUAGUCUUUGUACUGUAUUCGCAUAUGAAAACAAUGGUAUCGUCCUUCAUCACGCGCCCUUCCCGACCUGUGUGCGUGUAGGCGAGACGUCAGCAGUCAAAUUACCCGAAUACUGUUCAACUGAAAUUAUAUGAUAUCACAUGGGCUGUGAGAAAGUGAGACAUGAGCCACCAAGGAAAGAGGAGAGGGGAGGAUGGUAUUGGAGCAGUGAUAGACUUCCUGCUGGCCAAUGCACGACUUGUGCUUGGAGUAGGGGGAGCAGCAGUGCUGGGAAUAGCCACCUUGGCUGUUAAACGGCUGAUCGAACGUGCCGGCAAACCUCUCGAUGGUGAAAAAUCGGACCAAAAGCUAAUGGACAGCUGGGAGGAGCUGAGCUUGGUCAGUGCUUCCCCCAAGCUUCUGAAGAAAGGCAUCGAGGGGGUGGUGAUGAAACAGAUUGUAGCUGCCACCAAGGCACAUAAAGCUGAAUUAAACAAGUCAUCGGAGGUGCCAGAGAAGCCAAAUUCCAAAGUAAAGAGGCAGCAGUUGUGUGUUACUCUCCAGGAGAGGCUCCAGCACUACUACCAGAGCCAUGCAGUCCUCUCUGUAGAGGAUGUGAACAAGGCACAGCAGCAGGCUUUGGACAUAUGCACAGAGAUCCAAGGCUUCCUUCACACUAAGCAUCCUGACAUGCCCCUGGGGGAAAUGCACCUGGGAGGAUCCUUAGUGGAUGACUUCCAGGUGGUCGCUGCAGAUCAUGCCUGUCUUCUGGUGCCUUUGCAAAUUGAGGAUAGUCUUUGGCAGCUGAUUCCUGGUGAGGAUACUAUCCUGGGUAACCCUCAAUUCUGGAUGGUCCGUCGACUUAACCUGGAGUAUUUCCCCCGUGGUCGCAGUUUCUGGGACAAAUACUCAGUGGGAGGAUACCUUUCCUCCAGGUUGAUAGUGGAGGUCCUAAACAAGACUGUGAUGGAAACCAUGAAUUGGCCAUCUCUCAGUAGUACUUUGGACUGUGUGGUUAGACCAGUGUUGGGGUCCCAGGAACUGAAGCUGGAAGUACUGAAUCAGAAAAGCCAUCUGUUCAUCAGCAUACUGCCCACCGUACAGCUGAAUGACACUGUCUUGACUGCGCAGCUGGAGGUCACUGGUAAUUUUGACAACUUAUGGUACCAGAGUUUUUAUACUGCUGAGACUACCAAGCUUGCUGAACUGGAUGGAGUGGAUGGUGGUGUUCGGAAGAAGUGCGUGAAAAUCCUGAAGACUGUGUGCAGAAGCAGCCCAUCGCUGAGGAGACUGUCUGGUCAGCACCUGACCAAUGUAGUUCUACACCUCAGCGACAAGGAGUCUGACUGGACAGAGGCUGCUCUCGCCGAUAGGUUUCAGCAGGCAAUCGCAGAAAUCAUCGGUUACCUUGAAGUUGGUUGUCUACCCAGCUACUUCAAGCAAACUGUGAAUUUGCUGUCGGAGUUUAAGGAAGAGGAGAUCGAUGAAAUGGGUUUUCUUCUGUACUGUGCUGUGUCAGAGCCAGAAAUGCUACUUCAGGCAUAAUAAUGAGCAAUACAAACAAUUUCUAAUUCCUACACAACUUAUGAAAUGACUCUAAAACCUAGGCACCUCCUAGUCAAGAUGCUUGCAGAAUAAAAGCCACAUUUUUAAGAAAUGAAGCUAAAACUUAGAUUUUACUGAUUUUUUUUUUUUUCACUGUUUUCCUAGUACUGUUUGCAAAUUGUACAUGUAUUUGUUGAUGUAAAAAUUCUUGCAGAAUUUUUGUAAUAUAGAAUGCAAAAAACAUUAAUAGAUUGCAAACUAACUUUGUUUUGCAUAAUUUGCCUAUUUAUUUUAAAGACAUAUUCACUUGGUGCACUUAAUCCUGCUGCUGUAUUCUGGGAUAGCUGAUUUGAGUCCUUGGACAUGUGUAAAUCUUUCUAGCUGAAAGCGAAUGUCUAUACAACCAG